AUGUCUGCGUCGUCGAGUGCUUCGUCGCCACUGCCAUCUGGACAAGCGUCCGUGGUGGCUGGAAUCGUGGCCGGCUGUGUCACGCGUACAUGCACGUCCCCACUGGACGUGUUGAAGAUCCUUCUUCAGCUGGAAAAGCAGAAGCAGGUCCAGCAUGGCCCGUCGGCUAUCGCAGACACGUGCCGCCACAUAUACAACACGAAUGGGUUGCGUGGCUUUUGGAAAGGCAAUUUCGCGGGGUGUUGCCGGCUUGGGCCGUACGCCGGGGUCAAGUUCUUUGUGUUCGAAACGCUCGUGCACGGAUCCCCGCCGGACAUGGUGACGACCGCCCACAGCCAUCGCGCGAUCUGCGGCGCCUGUGCUGGCAUGCUCGCGACGGUGGCAGCAUAUCCGCUUGAAGUGGUGCGCACGCGCAUCAUCUUGCAGUCGUUGAAGCCGUCCACGUCCACUGGAAUCGUACAAGAUUUGGUCACGCUGAGCAAGGCAGAAGGGAUGAGAGGGCUGUACCGCGGGCUGGGGCCAGGUUUACUCGGAUCGAUUCCGUUCGAGGGGACUCAAUUCGCGUGCUUUGAAAGCGCUAAAGUGUACAUGACAAGCCAUCGAUGGCCGUCGUGGCGUUGGCACGAGGAAAAGCAGUCGCUCGAGACGCUGGACUACUUGGUCGUGGGAUGUGUUGCCGGCGCAAUUGCCCAAAUCGUGGCGUACCCGUUCGACACAGUCAAGAAGCGGUUGCAAGCGCAAGCGUUUGGAGCGGGUGGACAGCAACGAAUGUACCGCGGCAUGGUGGAUUGCCUGGUCCGAGUCGUGCGAAACGAAGGCGUGUUGGCGCUGUAUCGGGGGACACUGCCGAACCUUCUACGAGUUGCCCCCCACACGGCCAUCAUGUUUACCACGUACGAACUCACCAAGCACUUCUUGCUCUCCGAACAGCCCACGAUGUUGCGGAAGCGGUACAACGAGCUCGUGCACCGCUACCUCGAGUAA